GAUAGUCAUCAUGUUGUCAUAUGAUGAACUAAAAGUUCAUAAUAUUUAGCUGAGCAGUCAGUUAAUACAGGAUGAAGAGGUUAAGAAAAACAUAAAAUUGAAAAGUUUCUAUGAUGAGAUUUUCAAGUCUUGUCAAAAAUGUAUCACGAAAUUUUCAAAAAUUUACUUCAUUACAAAGUUACAUAAAAAAGUGUUCAGUAGGGUCAAUUGGAAGAACAUGUAGAAAACUUGGUGAUCACAAAAUUUUGCUGAAAUCUCUUGUUUCUUGCACAAAUUAUUCAACUAGGAACUACUUUACAAACGCAUGUCAUUUUCAAAAACGUCCGCCAAAUUUUAAUUCUACCCUCGAUCAGUUUUCCGGUAAGCCUCUCUCCGGAAAAGUGAUGAUUUUGUUUGGAAUCGGAGGAAUUUCUAUCUUCUACUAUUUCACGCAUUUGGAAGAGGCUCCAAUCACCAAACGGAAGCGGUUUAUUGUGUUCGAUAAUAAGUCUGUUGCCAAAAUGAGUACCAAAGUCAAUGAACAAAUGCUGAAUAGUUUUGAAAAACAUAUGCUUGCUCCUGGUCAUCCAAAGUUCAAAAAGGUGUCAGAUGUUGUAAACAGCCUGCUUGGAGCCAACGAAGACAUAGUUGAAAUCGUGAAAGUGCCUUGGAAAUUAACGGUCGUUGAUCAACCAACGAUCAACGCGUUUGUACUAGUUGAUGGACACAUAGUCGUUUUUACAGGCAUGAUCGAUUUCUGCAGAAACACCGAUCAACUUGCUGCCGUGCUAGGCCAUGAGUUAUCACACGUGAUAUUGGAACACAUCCCAGAAAAACUCAGCAACGCACAGUUAUUAACUAUAGUCCUGAUGAUCCCGCUCCUGAUUGUCUUCACCGUUUUCCCACUAGCUAAAGCGGUCCUUAUCGAGUCUCUAAUGUCAAACCUGGCUCAAGUCGCGGUUACGCUGCCGUUCAGUCGGAAACUGGAGGUUGAAGCUGAUGAGGUUGGGAUGAUUUUAGCUGCCAGAGCGUGUUUCGAUGUGAGGGAGGCCUCGAAGCUUUGGGAGAGGAUGUCGAAGCAGUCCAGAGGGCAGCCGCCUGGGUUCCUCUCCACGCAUCCCAGUCAUGAGUCCAGAAAGGAGAGGCUCAAACAGUUGGCCGGUCCUGCAAUGAAUUUGAGGAAAUCGUUCGGUUGUCCGCCACUGAAUUGACCGAUUGUGAAGUAUUUGAAAAGUUGUAAGAUUCAGUCGUACUAUUGAAUUGAUAAAUUGUUAAGUAUCUGUGGAAGUCGUUUGGUUGUCCGCCACUGAAUUGACCGAUUGUGAAGUAUUCGAAAAGUUGUAAGAGUGAUCGCAGUAUUGAAUUGAUUUAUCAUUAAAUAAAGAACUCAUAAAAUUUAUUGCACCAUUGUGAAGAGUAUCUGAGGAGGGCGUUUGGUUUUCCACCACUGAAUUAACCGAUUGUAAAGUAUUUGAAAAAUUGCAAGAUGAAAUAGCACUAUUGAAAUGAUCUAUUAUAGAGUGAAGAAUUCAUAAAAUUAAUUGCACUAUUAGCUGGGGAAGGCGUUUGUUGUCAAGCACUAAAUUGCCCGAUUCUAAAGUAUUUGAGAAAUAUUGCAAGAUUGGUCGCACUAUUAAAAUUAUCUAUUAUUAA